GUCUACAACAUCUCAGCGUUUGUUCCUGCUCAUGAUGGAAUCUGGUCAAGUUACUUUAACAAAGGCAUGCAUUUCAUGCAUCAAAGCGAAAAGGAAGUGCUCUCGGACUCUACCUUGCCAACGAUGCACCUUGAAGCAGUUGAAAUGCAGGUACAAGAACCCGCCUGCCUCAGCGAGUGGAAACUUGUCUAUAUCUGGUAAUUUCCAACCCGUCUCCGCUAAUACAUCACGACGACUCCGUCCACUCAACAAUGUUCCCGAAAACCACAGCGCUUUCGACUUCUCUGCUCCAUUGUCACUUGAUCACCUACACCUCGAAUUCCCCAAAGUGAUCCUCCCAAUGGAUAGAUGCACCGUCUCCUUUCUCCGAAACCACCUCCUCCGCUUUCCCGGGACCUAUGUUCGAAGUGGUGGAACCGUAUUCAUGCAUCCCCGCUUGUACCAAGAGCAAAGCCUCCCACACGCUCCACUCUUCACCACCUACACUCUCUGCGCUAUCUACACCCAACUCACAUCCCAAAACGUCCACAUCGUCCACCAAGCCAUUUCCACAACCACAGCCGCUGUCCUAGACGCCAUAUCCAGCGCCCACACCUUCACAUCCCACCUCGCAGCCCUCCAAUCCCUCAUCCUGCUCCAGAUCCUAACCCUCUUCUCGCAUACUACCACCAUACCUCCGCAUGUUAGGAAACAAGCAGAGGCUCGGAACCCUUUACUUCGAGCCAUGAUCCACAAAUUAUACAACCUGGCACCGACCUCGCUCCCUUCAUCCAUGUCCCCCUACCAAGCCUGGAUCGUGGGCGAGUCACUCCGUCGAACAUUACAUAUCGCGCACAUGAUCCUGGGCGUCCAUUCCGUUUUGAACUCUGGGACAUUCACACUCACGCUAUUCGUGGAAGCUUUGCCGUUAGACAAGAAUGGAAGGAUGUGGGAUGAUGUAUGGACGCCCACUCGGAGUCAUGGAUGGAUUGGUGGCGGUCAAGAGCGGGGACCAACGACGAGUGAUCUGAUAAGUUACAGAGAGCUUGUCGAUGGUUGGGACGGGGGGGAGAUCAAGAAACCGACGUUGUUUGAAGAGAUGUUGCUCGUUGCUUGUAAAGGGAUAGACGCUUUGAAACUUGCUUGAAGUUGGUACGGCAUACCCUCUUGAUUAUUUACUUAAUGCAAUGGCCUGUCUCAUGUGCACUGGCACAAUCGUCGGCUUAUGAUGCAG